AAAGGAAAGAGUGGGCAGCCACUCUGGUGCACUCUGGUGGUUCUUGCAACGGUGUCACUGCUGCUUGGCAGUCCGACAGUUGCAUUGUGGCUCAUGUAGGAUUCAGCAGAAACACUGCAGACUACUCUAAUCCCAGUGGACACGGACGGAUUUUCUUCUCAAAAACGUUUUGCCACUUUAUGUUAACGUUUCCUGGAUUCAAGAAAGAGUUGAAACACCGUGAACUAAUACGACUUUGUGGACGGUUUGGAUACAUCCUUUUUUUGAAAGACAUGCUGCUGUUGCCUAAACCAGAAGAACUUCCACUAACAAUCACGUCUUGAUCAUCCCGUAUGGAACCAUGGAAAGCCACUACUGCCUUUUGAACACAGCCAAACAAGACUUCCAAGCUCUGAAAUGUAAGCAAUAACUGCAAAGUAAAGAAUACCUAUUAUUUAGACAGCAGAUUUAUGAUGCUUGUAAGAAGCGCGGAAUCUCCCGUUUUGUUAACUUUGACGUAAAAAAACAAAUCUUCAGCUGAUCAUAAUGGAUGGAAACUUCAGCACUUUAGCACCCUAUGUGAUCAACAGAACAGACCCCUAUCACAGGGCUGCGGGACCCUGGAGCCUCAUCAUACUGGUCAUCAUCAUACUGACUAUAGUGGUGGGAAACCUGCUGGUCAUCAUCGCUGUAGCUCACACUUCACAGCUACAGACAACGACAAACAUUUUCAUCAUGUCCCUGGCGUGCGCGGACCUUAUCAUGGGGGUCCUCGUGGUGCCUCUGGGGGCCACUAUUGUGGUGACUGGUAACUGGCACCUCAGUCACACAUUCUGUGAGUUCUGGACCUCUGUGGACGUCCUGUGUGUGACGGCGAGCAUCGAGACGCUCUGCGUCAUAGCAGUGGAUCGGUAUAUAGCCAUUACGAGGCCGCUCCGAUACAAGGUUCUACUCAAUAAGUGGCGUGCGAGGGCAAUAGUCUGCUUAGUGUGGGUUGUGUCCGCUUUAAUUUCCUUUGUGCCAAUUAUGAAAGGGUAUUGGCGUGAUAAUGACGAUGAAGCAGCGAAGGAGUGCUACGAUAACCCUAGAUGCUGUGACUUUGUGACCAACAGGGCCUUUGCUAUUGCAUCUUCGAUAGUGUCUUUUUACAUUCCACUGCUCAUAAUGAUAUUUGUGUAUGCAAAAGUCUUUCUAAUAGCCACACAGCAGGUCCAGCUCAUAGAUAAGAAUCGCAUGCGUUUUCAGAACGAGUGUUCAAUAGCGCAGGUGCAAGUUGGCCCCCACAUUAAUAAUAUCCUGUCAACGACGUGUGCCGGCUCCAGCAGCUGCAGCAGCGCAGUACGGAGAAAGAGCGUCAAGCGGAGGCCGUCACGACUCAUUCUCGUCAAAGAGCACAAGGCCCUGAAGACUUUGGGGAUCAUCAUGGGGACCUUCACUGUGUGUUGGCUGCCGUUCUUCGUCGCCAACAUCAUCAAUGCAUUUAAAAGAGACAUUCCCCCAGAGUGGAUCUUCCGACUGUUAAACUGGCUGGGUUACAUCAACUCCGGCCUCAAUCCUAUCAUCUACUGCAGGAGUCCAGGGUUUCGUACUGCGUUCAAGAACCUGCUGGGCUGUCCGUGGUGGUCCACCCUGUGGCUCAAUACUUUCUAUAAAGAGCUGCAGACUCGCUGCUCCUGCUUUCUAUGGCAGACUGAGUCGGGCACUGCAGCCGGGUCUUUCCAAAAGCCUCCAACCGGCAGGACUGAGGUCAGUGAGAGUCAUGGAAGCAGCAAAAGCGAGGAGGCUUUCCCUGAUCCUCUGCAGUCCAACGGCAGCACACAAAACAGUGGCUUAUCGGAGCCAGAAACCAAAUUCUUCACAUUGCUGGAAAAGGACGGAUGAACUGUGCAAUAUCAAGCGACUGCAGCAAACUAUGAUUCCCAGGAGUUACUGGGAUUCCUGCAAAGGCAGAGACCAAAGAACAGCGAGGACAAGCUUACGUACAACCGCCGUCCCUAAUAAACGUAUAGCUGAGAGAAGCGGACCCCAAAGAGACGGAUGUAUUGACUGUAGAGACAACAGCUGAUUUGGUCUGGACAGGAACAGUGUGACUGUUUCUGUGGACAGGAGAUGGACCACUCCAGCUCAGCAACUCACAGACAACAAGUGACACCAAAGUAUCCUGAAUGAAACAAUGCUGCAAGUUUUAAAUGCAUUCCAGUUAACCUUUGGCCACAAUGUAUGUGGCCUGUGGUUUCAAAAAUGAGAGUAAACUAGUUUUGUACAGUAUAUUAUCUGGUAAGUUAUUUAUGAUACACUGAAUCUUUAGGAAAAUACAAAAUUCGUCUAACUUUAUACAAGGUCAUGAUUUUGGCAAGCCUGUCCUCACUGUCGGUGUGAUAUGAGCUAAACCAAAGGGCUGUGCAUUUAAAUAUUCAAUUCUGGUGUCUGUUUUCAGUCUUUCUGUUUUCUUUCACAGCUAUGGAAAAUGUUUAUUUUCGAUUGGUGGCUGUUAAAAAUCUUAUAUCAGGACAACUCAAACAUAAUUCCUGUCUACAGUUAACCAUCAGUAUUCUAUGUGCAAGGUACAGUAUUACAAACUGCAGCUUCCCAUAACAAAACACUUCUGCUACCAGCUGUUUCCAGUCUACUCCUUACCUUCGGCAAGCAGCGAAAGUAAAGGCUCAAUAACACACUCUCACAUGUCAUUGUGGAGGAAACAUCUUACUCACUUAACCUCAUCAUCUGUUGCAUUGAGAAAUAAAAUAUUAUCAAACUGUUUAACAUGUUCUCUCUCUCUGUGUGCAAACUCAGCACUAUGAAAGUAAAAGAAGUCCGUAUUGAUGUAAAUCACAUAAAACACUGAGUCCACAAUGUUGGAACGUAAACACCACUGAGUUUCGAGCAUUGAAAUAUUUUACUGGUUAUCCAAUCACCUGCCAAAGUGCCUGCCCUUUUUCAAAUUGUCUCCAAUGACGGCUUCUCAGAUAAUGUAACAAACUAUCUUUCACAUAAUCUAUCUGGAUCACUAGGGUUUGAAAUUGCCUCUUGGAAAUUUCAUGUAGUAUAAAACUUUUAAAAACUAUUUUCACAAAAUCACUGUCCAAUUCUGUUCAAUAUAAAAUAAAUAUCUGGUCAUUUUCACGUCUAAAAAUUCAACACUUGGACAUCCGGUGGCAAACACAGUGUUUGAUUAAAAAAAAAUCUACUUUGAAGUGUGCAGUUAUUUGAUUGGACAUGUAAAAACUGCUAGACUUUAAACACUGUUCAUCACAACCUUCCCGUCAAGGAUUUCCUGUGCCAACAACUUGUCCUGAGACUCAGUGUCACAGUUUUCUUCAGGCCACACUGAUAUUUUCAGAACACGGGGCAUCUCAGUCAAAAAAAGAAGUCCUUUGACACCAAAUUUAGACCUAAGAGCUCAGCUCACCAGUUAGGAGCACUUGAAUCUAAUAAGCCAACAGCAUCUUAAUUAGAUUCACUUUUGUGGAUUCAUCCUGGUUAUAUAAUAGCGUGACUGGUGCACAUACCAAUGGGUCUAGCUUGCAACUCUGCCAUGGCAUCCUCUUUCUCACUCCUUUACAAAGCGGUAGAUAAAAGAAUAUAUGUGUCUUUACCCCAGAUAACCACAAGCCUGGAAUCAACAGUGGCUUCGUUAUAACACUUUUUGCUGUUACCUCUGUACCCGUGUUUCUGGGUGCAUUGUGUUCUUUGACUGUAAUGGACAACUGGGCAAACACAAAUAACCUGACAUCCCACAGAUAAUUUAAAUGCAGCCAUAAUGCAGUGAGAUGGGAGGAAAACAUGCCCUGCAGUCAACAGAGUGAAAGGUAAAUGUUUAGUUGUUACCGCCUGAGAGCAAAAUAAAAAGCACUUUUUUUAUACACUCACUAUUCAGUACUGAUGUUUAACAAUCACACAACGAAAGGAAAAAAAUCCAUCACAGGAAGUAAUGAGAAACUAAGGUCUCUGCUGAGAGCCAUCUCAGUACAUCUCUACACAUAAUAUUGCUUUUAUAUUUGCUAUUAUGCUUAAAUCUCUAAAAGCUGUGACACAGAGGAUGAGGCAAGCUGAGCAAACAUAUUUUUCUUCAAUUAAUCUUUCUUAAAUUAAUCCGGGUCAACUAAUUGACAGGAAUAAUACACGGUUUGGCCAUCUACUGCCAUCUAGUGCAGUGCUUUGUGACUACCAGCUUCAUAAAGUCAACUACAGAACCUCUUCCAUUUAAUAGCUGCAAGAGGAUUCAUUUGAUUAUGGUUUGC